UCUGAACCUUUGCAGUUUCCUGAAAGAAGAAGCGAAACGUGGGUUUAGCAGAAGUAACGUUAGUAGGACACACGUCCAAAACGUCUAGCUGUAUUUAUUUGAUACAUUUUAUAUUUAAUAAUGACAGAAGGCAAAUCACCAGAGAAGCCGGCGAAAAACCUGCUGGCUCUGAAUCCAAAGGAAGACGCAGAGUUUCAGAAGAAGGUUCAGCAAGUAAAGAAACGUCCUAAAACGGGUCAGUCGCUUUCUCCUGGAGUCCUUUAUGUUGGUCAUCUGCCUCGAGGAUUGUUUGAACCUCAAUUAAAAUCAUACUUUGGGCAGUUUGGCAAAGUCACACGAAUAAGAGUUUCCAGGAGUAAAAAGACAGGACGGAGCAAAGGCUAUGGAUUUGUGGAGUUUGAGUGUGAUGAGGUGGCUAAGAUUGUGGCCGAGACCAUGAAUAACUACCUUAUCGGAGAACGACUCAUAAAGUGUCAAGUUUUGCCUCCUGAGAAGGUCCAUGAAAAGCUGUUUGUUGGUUCCAGGUUGGGCUUUAAGAAGCCAAAGCAGCCUGCAGUUGCUCGAUAUAACAAACGGCAUGCUGAAGAUGAUCUGAAGAAUGUUGGUACAAAGCUUAUAAGCAAAGAGUCUAAGCUACGCAAGAGACUUGCAGCAAAGGGCAUUGACUAUGAUUUCCCAGGAUUUGCAGCUCAGAUUCCAGCCAAGAAAUCCCAAUCAGAAGCCAAUGUUUCAGUAUGCAGCGAAGAUGUCACUCCAGUGUGCACCCCAUCCAUUUUGGAGAGGAGGAAGUCAAUCAGAAUAGAGGACGAUGAUGUUGAUGAUGAAAUAGUCAUCAAAGCCAAAUCAGUUCCAGAAAACUGUGAGGAUGUGGAAGAUAGCGAGGAAGAGUCAGUUGAAGGUGAAGAGGCUUAAAAGGAGAAUUUAAUACCUACUAAAAAGACUUAAAUCCCUGUUUUAGAAGGGACACUGGACUCACUUUUUUCAGAGCCAUUUGUAUGUGUUUAGCUCUCAGUCCUCUCCAGCGGCUGGAGAAGAGGAUCACAUGUUAUUCUGAUUACCAGGCAUCUGUUUUGAGGAGCAUUUUAUGCAGAUGUACCGAUCGCCUUUAGGGGUUAAGAUCAUACAAUGUGGUCUCAGAGGUUGCUAAAGUCCAAUUAACUGUGUAAUACACAAAUUAUAUUUGGUGUGUUAAUUUGAAAAUUAAAUGGAUGUAUGCAUGUCAUUGUAUUUCUGACACAUUAUUUUAUGUAUUCUGUCUAGUACUAUCUUCAGACAUGUAGCUUUGCAAUAUUAGUAAAACGUCCUUAACCCAUAAAAAUGGGUAUCAAAUAAAUGUAUUUGUUGUUUUUUAAAGCUA